AUGUCUGCUAACGACUUUUACUCUUCUGGCCAACAAGGCGAAUACAAUGCUCCACAAGGAAACCAAAACCAACAACAGGGUCAACAAGAAGAUGGUGAAAGAGGAUUAUUGUCCACCGUCGUCGGUGGUGCUGCCGGUGCUUACGGUGGUUCAAAGAUCAGUGGUAACCACUCUACUUUAGGUGGAAUUGCCGGUGCUCUUGCUGGUGCCGUUGGUGCCAACAAGCUUGAAAACUUCGUUGAAAACCGUCACCACAACAACCAAGAAGGUGGAUACGGUCAACAAGGUGGAUAUGGCCAACAAGGUGGCCAACAAGGUGGUCACCAUGGUGGUCAUCAUGGUGGUCCAGGUGGUCCAGGUGGUCCAGGUGGUUCAAGAGGUGGUAACUUUGGUGGUCAAGGUGAAUUUGGUGGACCAGGUGGCCAAGGUGGAUUUGGUGGACCAGGUGGUCAAGGUGGAUUUGGUGGACCAGGUGGCCAAGGUGGAUUUGGUGGACCAGGUGGCCAAGGUGGAUUUGGUGGUCCAGGCGGUCAACAAGGUGGUCACCAUGGUGGUCCAGGUGGCUUCGGUGGUCAAGGUGGUCAAGGUGGUCAAGGUGGAAGAUGGUAA